AUUUUAGCCGUCGCGGUCUGGCCACACUUCAAUAAGAAAAACAAGUCGCAAAAUCGAAACAGCAUUGCAAUUUCCGAAACAUUUACAAUAACAAUUGCUUCUUAAACUACAUCUCUGAUGCCCACAGCCUGGCGAUGAAGCCCCAAACCAAGCGGAAGUCGUUUCCCUUUAAUGCACCGCCGCCGGGCGGAAUAAUGGAAUUCGGAUUCGGGAGCUGUAGCAGCUUUGGGAAUCCAGUCGAGAACGACCUGGUAAAGUGGCAGCACAAAAGGAAAUCGGAGCAGCAAGUGGCUGUUUUGCCACCCAAAAUGCUUAUAACUGAGGAGAGGAUUACCCAGCAUUUCAGCGGUCUGUCUCUGGAUCCAAAAAUCAAUGUGUCCGCCUCGGUCGUUGGCAGCAACAACAACAGCGUGUCCAGCGUUACGGGUGGACUGGCCACUGAUGAUAUACCGUCCACCAGCACUGGCAAGACACAUCACCCCAAUCCCGCCUACCAAAUGGCGGCUAUGGAACUGGAACAAAAGCUUCGCAACGCCAAUCGCAUUGUGAUCUGUGACGGCCUUAAGCCGGGAACAGGUCCCGGAUCUGCACCACCUGUAAUACCACCGGAGUGGUUGAUGAAAACUAUACCACGACCCUGCACCGCCUUGGUUCCCUGGCAGCCGUCUCCUCUACAGAUUCCAAUGCCGGGUCCCAAGAUUGUAACACCUCAAAUUGUGGCACCUAUGGCUGGUGCACCGGCUGUCCAGGAGCUGGCGGACUAUGAUGACGAUCUAGAGUUCUUUGAGAACAAUAACACGUGCAGCGUGAACCUUAACAAGUCUGAGCAAGAGCACAUGGAUGAGGACCUGUAGCUAUAGCCAUAUACAUAUAGCCCUAAAGCAUAAGCAUUAAAGUGUAGAUUUGUAUGUCCGUAAUUGUAAGAACACAGUUGAUAGCAUGCAAGAAUACUCCCAUCCUUAUUUUGUAUUACUAUUGAAAAUAGAUAUAUGUAUGUGAUUUAACCCGAA